AUGGGCAGCCACCGCGAGCUCCACAUCUGCCACCUCCUCACAGGCGAGCGAGUCCGCCUGCCCGAUGCUCUGAAAUACUACUACAAAGGAAUCAUCUUUGCCGGCGACCUCAUUCUCAGCUUUAAUCGAUACCAUUACCACAACACCGUCCACUACUGCCGCAUUGGGGACAACCACUGUCUAGAGGUGCGGUGCGACGAAGGCUACAGGUUUCGUGACCUGAUUUUCGUGAAAGGCACCCUGUACGCAUUAAUCUAUCCAAAUCACUGCCCCGCUGUCAUCGAGCUUGACAACAAUUCCGUGGUAUUGUUGUUUCUUGGAGGUGAACCGAGUGCAGAAAUAGUUCAAAAUUGUUCGAUGUUGAGACUAGCAGAGUGCCGUGGUGAGCUAUUGCUCGUUACUGCUGUGAGUUACCCGGUGGGGUACCAUGUUUUCCAGUGGCAAUCUGAUAAUAGGAAGUGGGUGAGGACUACCGCCCUUGGUGGCUGUAGCUUGUUCUUUAAUAUUCUCCAGUUUGCAGGUUGCCUUGGUCCGGAUCAUCCCGCAGUUCGAGGGAAUUGCUUGUACAUCAUUAAGUCCAAUGGGCAGUGUAUCAAGUAUUCUCUGGUUGAUGGAUCUUCUCAUGAACUCGUUGCCGACUACCCAGCACGACCACGGGCUUGGGUCCUUCCAAGCAUUUGUUCAUGUCGAAUGAUCUAA